ACAACUUAGCGGUUGAUCUGAAAAUCUUUAAAAUUUUAUUUAAUGUAAAGAGAAAAGAAAAAUGGCUUCAAACAAACGGAAAAUUUCAUCACUUUACAACAGCAGCAAUAAUGAAAACAGUCAGAAUAAGAACAGUAAAAUAUUCCCUAAUUGGCCUAAUGAGAUGGAAUUCUCAAGUUUAAAUUCACUUUUAAAGAAGAAAUGUACCAAAAAAGAGUUACUGGAUGUCUCAAAAAAGACACUUUUUCCUGAUAAGCAUGAUUUUUUUGCGAGAAAUACUAACAAAAACCGAAAUUCAAUUUUAAACAAAGUUUACAAAGCUGCAUUUCAAUCAUCAUUUUGUGAAAGAGAUAAUGAUGAUGAUAAUAAUAAAAAGAAGACGAAUCAUAAAAAUAAAAAUAUUAACUCCUCUACUGUUACAUUUACUAGAAAGACUGGUAACACAUUUGAUGAAUUUUAUAUAGAAAGUGAUAAUGAUGAUGAUGAUAAAGAUACUACUGUUAAUAAUAAUAGUAAUAAUAAUAAGCGUGAUGAUGAUGAGGAUGAUGUCACAAAGAUAGCGGAUUAUGAUGAUGAUAGUCAUCGUUCUCAAUCAUCGUCUCAAUGGAGUGAUCUAACACAGAGCACAAUAAAUACGGCCUACAAGUUAUGCAAUAAUUAUCAUGGUGAUGAGGAUGAUAAUUAUGUGACGUCAUUCAAUCAACUGACCAAUCAGGAAUCUUCAUCUUCAAUCAACCAAGAAAAAUCAACCAAUCAGAAAUCAUCAUCUUCAACUAAUCAGAAAUUUUCAUCUCUAAUCAAUAAAUUUGCAACGCCAACCAAACAUUGCAAUUAUAACUGCUCUGACUUGGAACAAAUUGAUUCUGGGAAGAAGAGGAAAAAAUUUAUUGUAGGCGGUCUAGCAGAGCGACUGAAACAGAUAGUAGACGGACAGAAGCGUGAUAAACUCUUCUCAGUUCACAGAUACAAAAAUUCGAUAAUUCGCGACGACGAUGUCAAUCCGGGUCCGGUGGCUCCAGCCGAUCCGGACCCAACCUUCCAAGUCCGACUAACGAGUCACGGAUCGGUGAAAAACCAUUUGGUCAUGUUCGACUGCGUUCUGGUGAUAGUUUCACCAGCCGUGGUUGAAAAUGUUAGCGCGGCCAUAGUUCAAUAUAAGGUUCUCGUUAGGAGGGAGAUGGUUCUAAAAGAGAACCUUUGUGAGAUGAGUUUGCUUAAUAUCUAUCCGCCUUGGUAUAUAUUUUUCAAAUUUUCAAGUCUGAUAGAUGAUGAUGAUGAUAGUAGUAAUGAUGAUGAUGAUGAUGUUUUGUGUCCUAGUCUUCUAUGUUUAUGUUUUUUGUGUGUAAAUUUUCAUCUAGUUAUAUGCCUUGUUGUUUAUUGUUGUCUGGGACAGUAAGUACUGCAUUUAAUUAUUUUAAUAAUCAUAACCCGUAUAUAUUUUAUUUAAUUAUUUGAAUAAUUUUAAUAAUUAUAACCUAAAAGACAAAAUCAACGAUC